AAAGAAAUUGUCUGAGUUUGCGCACUGAAGGACGAGGUGUGUGUUGUGUUUGAAACACACGACGGUAUGAUACACACAUGAAUGCAACAGUUACGAACACGUGUCAAAUGUAACCGAGGCAUCGAGGAUUCCCGUCGCGCGCGUAAAGACCUGUGAUCGACGGCGGGCGCGUGCCUGGCGUUGCUUGCCUGCGCCGCGGGGGUCCGUCGCGUGCCUCCGCGUCAGACCGACCUCCCGGAACGGGAACGGGCGCGGACGCUCGCGCCGCAGGUCCGCCUCGAAGAUGGAGGAAGAGGACCGGGAUUGCGCUCCAUCGCGGCGCCCCAGCGCGCUCACGCGGAAGGACAGACACGCGGAGGACGGAGGGCGGUGGCGGCGCCUCGGAGGGUCUCCAUUCCCCCUCCUCCCAGUAAGGGAGGAUCGCGCGCAUUUCACGCGGUGGACACGGACUUUGCGCUCGCUGCGUGACUCGAACCCCGAAGCCAGAGCAGAGACACAGUGUCCCUCACGCGUUUUUCACCCUUUUCUGGAGCAUUUUUUUUCUGCAGCGCGGUGGUUCCAGGAGAGCGCCACGAGGCCCAGUCCGCUGACUAUGGAAACGGAAGCAACACAUGGCUACCUUGCCAGCAACGGCGAUUGUUCUCCCAGAAAGGAAAAUCCAAGGACGGGGGCGGACAUGUCGCCCGACACACCCAACGGACAGCACCCACACGUCCCCAGCUCUCCCACCUCACGCAGCAUCAAGCAGGAGGAAGGUGCAGAAGACCAGACAGAGAAGAAGACACCAGAGCUGGAGGAGACGGGUCAAAGCGGCGAGGAAGGGUCCGGAUUGGAAGAGCCGAUGAUUGACAGCCCCAAUAACCUACCGGAUGGAGGCCCGGUGGCAGAUGGCCCGAGCGACACGGGGAUCCGAUUGUCCAACGGCGAGAGGCCCUUCCAGUGCAGUCAGUGCGGAGUGUCCUUCACGCAGAAGGGCAACCUGCUGCGCCACAUCAAGCUCCACACGGGCGAGAAGCCUUUCAAGUGUCCCUUCUGCAGCUACGCCUGCCGGCGCCGGGAUGCGCUCACGGGCCACCUGCGCACACACUCCGUGGGUAAACCACAUAAGUGCAAUUACUGUGGGCGGAGCUACAAGCAGCGCGCCUCAUUGGAGGAGCACAAGGAGCGUUGCCAUAACUACCUGCAGAGCAUCGGAAUGGACCCCGCCUCCAACAUGGGAGCCCACCAAGAGGCUCUUUCGGCAACCCCAGCUGACAUUAAAAAUGAGUCAAAGCCUGGGCUGGACUCCCAUGUCGUAGCACCAUUCGACAGGCCACCGGUGAUCGAGAGACUGCAGGGCAACGUGGCCAAGAGGAAGAGCACCAUGCCACAGAAGUUUGUGGGGGAGAAGGUUCCUCGCUACAUCUACCCAGACAUGGGCUACAACAUGGGCCUCAAGUAUGAGAAGGAGGCGGAGCUAAUGCAGGCACACAUGAUGGACCAGGCCAUCAGCAAUGCCAUCUCCUACCUGGGAGCCGACUCGCUGCGGCCCCUCGUCCACCACCCACAGCUGCCCAUGGCCGAAGGGGUGCCCAUGGUUACCCCGCUCUUCGCCCAAGUCUACCCUGUGGGGCACCGGGUAGACCGACCCAGCAGCCGGGAGGCCCCACCCCCACUGCCGACUGCUCCUGCAGACUUCUCGGUUACAGCCAACGGGCCCCUCUGUCUUGCACGCCGCAGGGCCCCCCAGGGGACAUUGGAGGAAUCGCCCAGCAACAGCCUCCUAGACUCGGCAGACUCCGAGCGCAGCAGCCCACAGGAGAGAUUAGGCCGUGACGCCCAAAAUCACGGUCCCAGCAUCAAGUCCAGUCUUUCGUGCCUCAAGGAAGAAGGACGGGAGGCAGAGCAUGGCGGCCCAGAGAAAGCUGAAGUACCACGUGCCUAUGAGCGAUCCGCAACAAGGGAUGCCUUCCGUGUUUUUAGCUGCGACGGGCAGGAGGUGCGGGCCUUCCGGUGCGAGCACUGCCGAGUGCUCUUCCUGGACCACGUCAUGUACACCAUCCACAUGGGCUGCCACGGCUACCGAGACCCCUUGGAGUGCAACAUCUGUGGAGUCCGCUGCCAGGACCGCUAUGAGUUCUCCUCGCACAUCAUCCGUGGGGAACACACCUUCCACUAGGGGUUGCCCCACCCUGGUGGAGACUGCCUUAGCUCACCCUGGUACCAAGAAGCCUGUAUCAUAAAUACCAAAUACGCAAACAUUCGGGUCCAGAUGAACAACGUUCUACCUUCAACGUGUAGCACUCUUAAGAUUGUACGCUCCAGAUAAGGACGACAAGUGAAGGUUUCUGUGUAACAUUUUCCUUUGUUUGGCCCCCUCCAGCCUUUCUUAUCAGCACUGUCCACUCGCAUAUGAAGUCUGACUGUAGCAAAGCAGCUAUUUAUGUGUCCUCUGUGGAAGACACUGUGAACACCAUUCUUCCAGGCAGGCCUCACUCGAUGCAUUUAACCUUCAAGGUAUUUUUUUUCUUGUGUCACCUUCCAAGAUUUCGUUAUUUUUGCACAGUUCUACAGUUUUACAUUUUUACAGCUUUAUAAAUUGUUACACAGCAGUGGACUUUCAAACAAAAUCCUGAGUCAUAAUCAGAAGUAAUUAAUGCUCCUGUAAACCUGUUUAUUUUUGUUUUUAUGAAUUAUGGUCUUUUCCUUCACGGUUAAGCCCCUCAGUGCCUUGGAAGAAGUAUAAAACCAUUUCUUAUUUACACCAGCAAAGAGUUUUAAGCCUACAUUUGUUUACCUAUCUGUAUUUUUUCUAUAUGAAGACACACAUAAGCACAAGAGCUGCAAAAGAGAACUAUGGGAAACACCGACUACGAGGGCCGCAUUUAUGCACGGUCCGCACUUUCCAAUGUGCGUCUGAACAGUAAAUCAGUGCCAGGUCCCGCGGCGCAAAAUCACUGUCUAUCUUUACAUUGUACUGUUGCUGCUUCUCUCUGGGAGCAGGAGGUGACCUGGUUUUGUCGCCACAUGAAAGGCAGACGGGCAGCAAGACGAAAAAGUGAGAAGAAGCUUAGACAUUCCAAAACAGAUCCUCUGGCCAGACGGCCUCAUGCUUUUGUCUAUGACGUGUCCUGGCACUUCUUAGUUGAAAAAGGACUGCAAGCAGCUGCAGCCACUGUUGAGGUCAUCGCUCACUAACGGCACCUUUUUUUUUCCCAGGUUUGGGAACUGGACUUCUGUUUAAAGAUCAAUGCUGGCAGAAAGUCUGCUGUGAGUGCAGGAGAAGUGCUUAUAACACAAGAUGCAAACCUCUUUGAACAUUCAAACCUUAUUAUUGUAUGACUUUCAUGUGAAAAACCAAAGCAAAAUACUUCCAUGUCCUCCUGAGGCCCAACCUUUCCUUUUUGUCUACUGUAGAGGACAUGUUUUGUGCUGAAUCUCCCAAACUGCUUAUCAGAAUGUAAAGCACCUUGCAGAGGACAUUCUGUGCUUUAUAACAAUACCCCUUUAGGGGGUGGACCUUGCCACCUUUGUAGACAUCGUGGAAAUAAAGCUUUUUUUGCUGGGUCCCAGGAGGAUGUUGGGGUUUCAGUAAGAACAUGCAGAUCAUCAACAACACAAGAUGGAUCAAGGCAGCAUGUGGUGCAGUGGUUAGAGUUAUUACCGUAUUGUGAAAGGGGCCUGAGUUUGAAUCCCUACUGUAUCUUCAAUGUUCUUGCCCUGCACCGAUUCAGUAAAAAUGACCUUUCUGUAUAAAUGGGGAAAUCAGUGUAAGUAGCUUAGUGUACAAACCUAAUUGUUGCUUUAAACAAAGAUGUAUCCAGGAGAACAACUGUGAAGAAUUUACCUGUGAAGAAAUAUUGCGAAUUUUAACACAUUUAUUUUUGUUUGUUUCCUGAUAAAAAUUUCCCCGAAGAAGGCAGCGUACUGUGACAACAUAUCGAGUCCAGUCGUGCUCCCAGUGCCUUUGCGUUUGUCGCACUUGGAGAGCCCUAGCGAAGUUUGCUAAACCAUCCCGCCACGCCCAGCUCCUAGGGCCUCGGACUGCAAGUGGAGUACAUGAAGGAUUAAAAUGGCACCAUUCCAACAACAGAAGAACUGUUUGAGGACUCUGCCUCAUCGAUUCCUCUUGCAUCUUGGAGUUUUCUGCUCCAAAAACUUUUCGUACUCUAUAUAUAUAGCAAAUACGAUGUCUGUAUAUAUUGUUCGGUAAUAAGGAAGAUAAUGUACCUUGUUGUCUAUACCUUGUAAAACUGUUUACUCCCUAUAGGAAUGGUGGCCUUAUUUAUUAUUAUUUUUUUAUUUUUUUUUUUACUUUUGAAAUGGUGUGAAAUACAUUUACAGACAUGUAUGUUAUGUACAUAAGCUUAAUGGCAUAUCAUAAAAACGUGAUCUGUACUUACGGUCGGUUUCCUGAGCCUAGUGAUUGUUUUAUACUGUUUCAUUUUAUUUUUACCUUUUCUUCCGUCAUAUCCUUUCGUGUGUUUUUCUACUGAGCGAUAUGUUCUGAAUCCUUGCAAUCAUGAAGAGCGUUCAAGGAAAUGCUUCCUUGUACUUAAGAAGGAUCUUAGUUAGCAAAGAAUGGGUUUUCUGCAAGAACUUGUUGAAAAUAAAUACGCCCUAAUGAACAGUUGCACCCCAGAAGCAAUAUGCACUCUCGAGCUUUAUAUUUAUGCUAUUUAAACCAAGGAAAUAGCUAGCUGUCUUUUUUUAAAGUUGGUUUUGACAGUCAAGAUACACGAGUUGCCCCCCAGCAAGAAGCACACCGUUAUCUCUGUGUUGCAUGGCAGCUUUUAUAGAAAUUAAUGUUUUGUUGCAUUUUCCAUACGUUUUUCCAUGUAUUAUCAUGUUAUCCCAGUGAUAACACAGAGGGGCUCAAGAAAAAUGAAAGUAUGAAUAUGAUGUUUGACAGAACCCCCAUAAGACAGGCUGCGGUCUUUGCCCUGUAGUUGAAGCCCCCCCACCUCAAAACCCAUUGCUUGUAUUCUUGUUCCAUACAGGCUUUGAAAAGCAAAUUUCAUGUGUAAGAAAAACAAUGCAGAAGGACCUUCCGUUGCAUUUUCAUCUUUAACACUGAAAAUAUUUGCCUUCUCUUUUUUGGAUCCAGGGUAGUACAAGAAUAAUUUCUUAGAAAGAAAUAUUACAUUUUUGUUGUUAUUAAAUAUUAGGUCCAAAGAUUAAUUUAUUUAUAUACACAGUACACACAUAUAUAUAUAUAUAAUUUAAUUUUUUUUUUAAUUGAACUUUAAAAUAAGGGACAGGGUUUGUGCUUAGAUUUUGGCCAAAACCACUAUUACAUUUUGUCCAGGAAAAGGUUUAAUUUCUUAUUCUGUCACAAUUGGUUGGAAUUAUUACAAGGAAUAUGAAGUUUUUCAUUUGAUGAACAUGCCUGUGUGAUGUGUUCAUUAUUUUACAAUUUCUGAAAGUUAAUACUUGAAGACUAUAGAUUUACAUGUGCAUUUUAGAGAAGUGCAAUGGCUGUCACUGUUUUUUUUAAUGAGUAGUAGUAACAUGUAAAUAGUUUUUUUUAAAAAAAAAAUGUUUUUCUUCAGUUUUAACCACUGCGAACCAACAAACUGGCAAGGAAGAAGUCGCAGAAUAUUUUUGUAACAUCCGUAAUACAUGAUUUCUAUCCAUUUUGUAUUAAAUGAAAUGGGUUUGUAUUCUUCUACUUUUGCUCUGAAUGCACAGUUCAGUUUCAGUAACUUUAGGGAUCUCAGGUAUAUUUUGUCUGCAGUGUGUUUGUCAAAAACUAUUUGUAAGAAGAAAAUAAAGGCUAUUA